AUGCUGGUGCUCAGGCGUACUAUCAGAUCUCAAAGCUACCUUAUACGGCCAUUGCACACGAGUAGGUUAUUGUUAAAGAAGAAAAAUCGUGGUAGUAAGGCUAAUGAAGACGAUAUUGAAGUUGUCGACCUAAAGCUAUAUUUGAACCAAGCAAAAGAGCGCUAUUCAAAAAUCCUCGAGUUACAGAAACAAAAACUAGUUGAAUUGAAACAAGGAAAUGCUAAUCCAAACAUUUUUAAUGCUUUGGUUAUGCCUAGUGGUAAGAAAUUUACAGAUAUUGCGAUCACAUCCUUACGAGGUAAAAAUUCUCUAUUAGUUACAGUCUUUAAUCCAAAAGACACUAAGAACGUUGUCAGUACAAUUUUAGCAGCUAAUUUGAAUUUGACGCCGGAACGAUUACCAGAUAAUGAACAGCAAUUAAGGAUUAUGUUACCGCCUCCGACAGCGGAAUCUAGGCUGAAAGUAAUCAAGGAUUCAAAGGAGCUUUUUGAGUCAUUCAAGAGUUCAAACUCAAAACACUCAAUGGGAUCAAUACGUAGAGACAUACUUGACAAAUUGAAAGGUAUUCAAAUGGAUGAUUUUCAAAAGAAAUGUAUUAAAGACUUGGAAACCAUUCACAAAGACUAUAUGAAUCAAUUGAAAGAGCAAUAUAAGAAAUUUGAAAGCACAUUUAAUAGGUAA